AAACUAAGCACAACAGUAUUUUCCGCUAUACGAACAAUAAUUAAGAAUCCCGAUGAAUUUGUACAGGUGUGUUUUAUGUGAAAACGACGAUCGAUGAAUAUUAUCCUUUGCUUGCACGUUCUAUCUAACGUAGUUUUCUAGUUCUGAAUAAUCUGAUCUCGAAAUGAAAAUACAUUGACGACAUGGGUGAGUGAUCAUGAAGAAUUAACACUGUUUGGUUUAGAAUACCUGCAAUUGGCUGUCACUACUGUGUUUGUGGACUACACCCGAACGCGGAACAGCAACACAAAUGGUUCGGAAGCGAAAGAACGACCCCGACAAGGACAAGAGCGACGUCGGGCAACGGAACUCACCAAAGCAGAGGCAACAGCGCCCCGACGAAACGAGCAAAUCCACGGCGGAAGAAAUGCAGUUCGUCAGCAACUCCCGAUCCCGGACUCGGCUAGGGUCUGCCGUUCCAUCGACUGGCACACUGCGGUGGCUUUGUAGACUGAGGAUAGUGAGACUCUUCGUCGUUACUCUGGUUGUUGGAAGUAUAGGUUUUGCGGCUGGGCGAUUUGUUCACCAGAAAAUGCAUUUUGGUGAAAUUAGGGUGAGAUUGACUGAUAUUGAUACUGAACCUGACAAAAAUGUCAAAGUUGGACCAUAUUUGCAUACUGACUAUCAUGAUGGAGUCUUGGUGAAGAGAUUCGGGGGUGCCAAGUAUGAUGAUGAUGAUCCACGACACGUGCAGUCAAUGAAAGAUCUAGAAGAGCGCCAUGCGGGAUCCCGGAACAAAUUUGAAUUUGACAAACAGAUCAAUAACAAUAUAAAUAAUCAGAACCUCCCCAAUGUUCAUGUUAAUCAUCAGAAGCAGCACCCAGCAGCAAAACAGCAACAAGCUUCACAACCAGAGGAAGCAAAGCAGCAGCAUGCGGCUCAUCAGCAACAGGCGGCACAACACGGUGCUAACCAGCCAGCAGCACUACCACAGCAGCAGCAUGCAGCUCAUCAGCAACAGGCGGCACAAACCCAACACGGUGCUAACCAGCCAGCAGCACUACCACAGCAACAACAUGCUGCUCAACAAGACACUGCAAAACAACAAGCUGCCAACCAGCAGAACAAUGUACAACAACCUGCAAUUCCAUUGCAACAGCCUAUCAAGUUACCACAGGGGGUAGCAGCACAACCAGCAAAAUCAGCACAGCAGCAACCAGUUGCUCAUCAACAAGGCGUUCAAAAACAAUCAAGUGAUCUACACCCAAAAAAGCCCAAAGUUCAGGAUUUACCAAGUGAUGUCAACAAUUACCCAUACCACAUUAUUCAAAGCCUCACCAACACUCACAAAAUGCCACAUUUGAAGCAGAGAUUCAUUGAUUGCACCAAAUCAAUUUUGGACAAGGCAUCGAUCAAUCUGCACUUUUUUUUCGUUGUUGACAAACCGGGUCGUGAGUUUAUUACAGAGACUUUGCAGAAAAUUACUGAUGAGGGUGUUGCCAAAAAUAAAUUCCAGUUUCACUUCAUGGAUGUGGAAGAGCUAGCCCAACAGAUUGCACCACUAGUAUCCAUGCUUCAAGCAAAAGUCUCUAAAGGUAACCCCUACUACCAAGACGCGAUCUUCUUUUUAUCCGUUGCUCUGCACCGUGGUAUACUUCCUGACUAUGUCCACAAAGUCAUCAUGCUGGACACCGAUUUGAAGUUCAUGACUGACAUCAAAGAGUUAUUUGACCACUUUGAUCACUUCGUUGGCGACAACAUCAUGGGUUUGGCGAGAGAGAUGCAACCGGUAUACCGUCAUAUGUUGUCGUACUACCGCAAUUUAAACAAAGGGACAAAAGCUGGUGACCCACCACCUAAUGGCCUGACUGGAUUCAACAGCGGCGUUUUUCUCUUAGAUUUUGAUAAAAUAAAAAGGAGCACCGCUUAUCACAGUUACAUCAAUCCGGACAAGAUCGUCGAGCUCACAAGCAAAUACUACUUCAAGGGUCAUCUCGGAGAUCAAGAUUUCUACUCGCUGAUUAGUCUGGACAAACCUGACCUUUUUUACAUUCUGCCAUGUUCAUGGAAUCGACAGUUGUGCACUUGGUGGAAGGAUAAAGGGUACACAGACGUAUUUGAUCAGUAUUUUACUUGUAAUGAGAAAAUUCAUGUUUACCAUGGUAAUUGUAAUACACCGAUUCCACACUAAUUCUUACUUAAUUUUAAUCCCCAAAAGUCAAAUCAGUUAAACUGAAAAACAACUAAAAAAUUAAAUCUAUUUUUGAAUAGGUGUUUAAAAAUUUUAAUUUUUAGGCAAACAAAUAAGUAGUUUUAUGAUGUACAAAUGUAUCUUUCAUGUCUUUAGGGUCAAUGUCAUGCGACACGGGACAAUUCACAUUCAAACGGUUCUAAGAAAGGACGUUCUCAUUUUAAUGUUUGAAUCAUUGUUCUUUAGAUUGGUAAGAUACUAAAAAAAAUACCAUGCCACAGGAAGUGAAGCUUACAACCUAAGAAAUGUAACUAGUGUUUUGUAUUCAGCAAAAAAAGAAAACAUCACACUGUCAGUAUAGCCUAGCUAGUUUUAGUGGUGGGUUCUAAAUCCAAUUUAGUCCACCAAGGGCAAGAGGUUCAACAAAAUUAUUCAUGUUUAGAUAUGGGGCCAUCAUUGCUGAAGUUCAAUCUGGGGGAAAUCUGUGCUGAGCAGCACAGUGUAUUUUGCUCAGAAUGCUGGUGAAAUUUGUACGUUCUGAUCUUCUGAGCAAGCCCGCCCGGCACUGCUACUGCCGUGGCUAUAUUCACUGUGCAUCAUAGGUAGGCCAUAUGUGGUCUUAUAUUUAUUUUCCAUUUAUUCACUUAAAUGUGUAUUGUGGAAAUCUUUUAAAACCAUUCCCCCAAAAAACUUUUGCAACGAAGUAGCUAGUUUUCUAGAUCAGUAUUUAAGUGUUAAUUAAAGAUCAGUACUUAAAUUUAAAUGUAAAUUGUGUGCUUCAACACAAUUUGAAUGUCUUUUACUUUCGGAAAAUUUUACUUCAUUUUUGUAAUAAUAAGUUUAUGGGGAAAGUAGCUUACAAGUCCACCAGAAAGGGAGAAAUUCAGUACAGAAAUCGGCUUAAUAUUAAGCACAAGGUAUACCAUACAUCCUUGUUAUUUGAUUGGCAGGUUAUAUACUCAUCAUUCAUCAUUCAAACCAUUACAUAUGUGGCCUAUAGGUGCCAUAAACUAUGCAUUUUUGUACUACAUGUAAUCACGAUUAAUCUUUUUCUACUAUUGCUCGGCGUGCAAUUUGGCCAUGAUGAUAGCAAGGGCUAGCUUACAAAAUUAGGCUGUAUAAAACGUUUUGAAUGCUAUUUAAAAGACAAACAUUCAGAUUUGUGUGGUAAGAAAAUUGGAAGUCGGAUUUUAAAAAGUAGGAAGAAUACUAGGGUUUUAUUGCAGGCUUCACUACUAUUGCUCGUUCAUACCACGUUUCAAAAGGCCAUUGUAGCGGAUGCCAAAACACAAUCUUGUAAGUUGUAGGCUGCCUACAAGAUUUUGGCAUCCGCUACGAGUGUCUUUUCUAAGUGUGGUGUGGCAGGCUUACAUAGUGUACUUUUUAUCCCAUAUUAAAAAUAAAUAGUAAGAAACAAAGUACUAGCAUGUGACUAGUAAGAUAUAAUUGAAUUGGUUUAAAAACAAAAACAGGAGUGGAGAAUUUCAUGCUGAUUUAUUAUGGAAUGUACAGUUCAAUAUGGCUUAACCUUAAUGGCUUCUAAGACAUUCCAGAUUCAUAAAUAAUCUCACUAUUGCACUCCAAAACAUUACAGUUUGGGCUGCCUUUUCAGAAGGCUGGCAUAACUUAUUGUAUCUUUGUACAAAACCUACUGAAUUGCAGCCGCAAGAGGGGAAAGGCUAUUCUUUGUAAUAGAACAAUAAGUACCCAACCAAUGCAGUUUUACUGUGUGCAAGUUGGUGUUCGAGCUGAACUCCAAUCAAUGUGAUCAGUGAACCUUGGUUCUUUCACAUAUUUUAUUCUCCUUUUGUGCUCUUAGGGACAGUUUAAAAUUCUCAACAAUUCCAUAAAAUUUUAGUGUUUUUUCAGGGGGGGGGGGUGUGUUCAGAGGCUGCUUGAGAAAAGUGAGGAAACACCAAUAUUUGUGGAAAAUUUACUUUUAAAUACAUCCAUCAGUCACGCACUUUGGUGGUGAUUAUGCUGAGAUUUCGAAUUUGUGUGUAAAUACUUUUAAUUUGAUUAAAUAACAUUUUCAGGGGUUUUGGGACUCUGGGAGGUUGGACUACAUCGUGUAUGAAAAUUAAUGGGCUUUGAUGCUGAAACUAAACUGGUCUAAACACAGGAUCAGCUGAAUUCCUCUUUUUUUAUUUUCUCAUUUGUGCCAUUCAAACUUGACAAGAAAAAAAAAAAGACUUUUCAAAACCAUUGUAAUUUUGUAAUUUCCUCUUUUGGUGAAGUUAGAGUUGCAUUCAUGUUAAAAAGAACUGAUUUCAUAACUCUAUGGGGAGGGGAGCUUAACAAAUAACUGGUUGUGGGACCGUGGAAAUGCUGAAAACUUUAGACGAUCCCUUUGUGGUUGUCUACACUCUUUCAACCUUGUAAAACAAAUUGACAAAAUACAGUUAUAAAGGGUUGGCCGAUUUCUUUUGAACCAACCCCUUUUUUAAGGACACCAAGGGCCUGAAGGGAACAGCUUAUAAAGUCUGCUCACCUUUCAGCAACCCUAUUUUGCUUAUAAAUGAAGUAAGCAGUGUUUGCUAAAGUAAUUUCAGAAUUUAGCCUCUACCUUUUUAAGUUGUGAUUUUAAAUGUUUUGGGUUUCUGAGAUGUGAUAAAUUAGAAAGAAACUUUGUAAAUUUCUUUUCAAUCAAAUUUACAAACUUCAAUGAAUAAUGUGCUUGUGUAAAGCAGUUUGAGAAUUUAA